GCGUCUAUCCCGCUGGGGCUUUCCGAUCUCGUACUAUCGUCAGAAUGCCGAGACGGUUCCCCUCGGCGGCAACUCCUCAGCAGCUAUUCGACAGGAUACGUCCUGAGCGGCUUACGUCGUCUCCACAUGUAGACGCUGAACUGUAUAAGAUUAUCUCUCUUAUCCUGCGGGAUUACGUCUGCGUAUGGUACCAAGAAUUGUCUCAUGAUGAGGAGUUCCUGGCUGAAAUCGUACAUAUAAUUGGUCAUGCGGUGCAGGAGCUCGAGCACAACUGUUUAGCGAAAGUGGACUGGGUCAAUUUCUUAGCUAAAAACGUUCCAGAUGUCUUGCGUACACAUAUUCACGACUAUAGGAACUGCAAAGAAAAGCUUGGAACGGUGUAUGCUGGAGGGAAAAGUCUCGAGCAACUCUUCCACGGAUGCCAGCCGCAUUUUGCCCUGGAGAACGCGGAAACCGAGGUGGACUACUGUCGAAAAAUUGUCGACGUGCUGCUUACCAUCCUGUUACCGGAGGACGAAUUGAAGAGUGACUGUUUGAGGUUUUCCCUGAGAGAGAUACUACUCAAUGCAGUGCUACUACCCAGCGUCGAGCGUUUUACUGAUGGUGACCACAUCAAUCAGCUCAUUGUACUGAUUCUAUCCUCUUCCACCGUAAACGAUGCGUAUGAUGCCUCAGGCGCUUCCGUUAGUGAGAUGCCGCAUGUGCCAGAAUACAGUAGAGAUACGCUGCCGUCGUCACCACAGCUGGCACCUAUAAGGGAUCGUUCGUCAACCCACGAUCCUGCGUCGAAUUUAAGCGGAAGAGAGCAUCUACCUCUGCUGUUCAAUGUGGAAGACGCUGUGCAACCAUCAUUUUUGAAGCGUCGUAGGACCGUCGCGCCUCAUAGUUCCGGCACGGCGAGUUCUUUGGUUACCAAGCUGACAUCCGGCUUUGAAACAGGACUAGACAAAGUUUCAAAUCGAUUUGGACGCAUUAAAAAUGCGGUUGCCACUCCGGCGCAGCGGGAGCAAAAGAGUAAGCUUCCCGUAGCUAACCCUACACUGCUGAGUACUACGAGUCAAUGCCAAGCUCCAACGGACGUUACUCAAUCCUCAAGGAAUGACCCUGAUAGAAUUUCCAUAGCUCACAUUGACGAUGCAUAUCGACGAGGAGUUGCGCCCGCCACAUCUGAUGUCAGCGGAAGCAGUGAACCUACAAAUCAAAACAACGAACGGCCACCGAUGGAUGACGGCGGCACCGAUGAGUUUGCCUCCAGGAGCUCGGAUGAUGAAAACUCUGGCUUAAGCAUCGAUUCUGUUUAUACUGAUGCCACGGAGAAAAGUCUGGACUUUGACAAUUUGUCAGAAGGGCCUUUAAAGGGAAAAGGUACAUCCUUUACGUCAGACAUUGAUCCGACAAAGUUUUCCCCGUUCCGAAACGAGAUGAGGGAGUCGGCUGCAAUCACGCUUCGUGACAUCUGGACUGGUCUGCUGGCAGUACAACGAGAGGCCAGGUCUGGACCUUGGAUGAUAGGAUCUAUUGAUACGACGCAGUAUGAGGCAGAUCACUUGGAGGACAAUCUGAUUGACUUCAUAAUAUCGGCGAUACGACUGGGAAAGCGUCGAAAAUGGCUGUAUACCCAAGUAGUAUUUUUCCUCAAGCCAAUUCUUCACUUCUUCGGAGGUUCCCUGAUGAACAGGCUUAUCAUCAAGGGUGUUCAUGCAGUUAUCUGUGAAGAUAUGGUCGCGAAAUAUCUGCUCUGGUUUCGAUCAUCGAUGUGGCCUGGAAACAUUUUGGCAGAUGGAACGAGCGAUGGAACGACAGAUACAACUAGGAAAGAAGCAACUCGCCGUGAGGCUGAGACUUUGUUGAGAAAAAGCGUGCCACCCAUCAUAUAUACAUCUUUUGGAGAAGACGAAGUGCAGGACAGCCUAUCGGAUCUAGUAGAUAUGUUGCAAUACACGUACAUCAACAAACACCUCUUCUACGUGCUUCUGGAUCUCUGCAUGGUUCAGUUGGCACCCGAAAUCGUAGAUAUGGCUCACAGGCGAGAUAAAUAGAGCCUACAUAAGCCGGUGCGUCCUGUGACCGUGUCGGUACCAUUAUGCCACAGUGAGGUCAUCACUAGAUGCAUUGUUCCAGCUGGCAACCAGUCUUCCUCGUCUAUUCCAACUUGUUCAAAGUACGGACUUUCGUCCGUGAUGCUGUUUUCUUCCAGCGUUCGCGACAUAUCCAGAAGCUGGCCCAAGCGUUUCCACAUAUAGCCUUUGGCGUGAGAAUUGUAGGCUAGAUAACGCUCUUGUAUAGCCGACAACUUCUCUUCAGAUGCAACCUGCAAGCGGUUUUAGUGUGCGGGUAAGAGGCAUUCCUUCAGAAUUGUCAAUUCCGUCACUUGAGAAGCAUACCUCUAGAACAUGUUCAUCUCGAGUUAAAGUAUUGAUGAUCCUGAUCUUCCUCGUUUUUUGACUUAAUCUUCCAAUGCAAUACUUAUGUUUGUUCUGCCACCACGGAACCGCGCUCCCAGUAUCCAUCGUCGAUGACCAGUCUGAGAAGGGUACCGGCGGUGGAACAUGUAGAAAUGGUCCUUCUGGUGUGUAGGGGGUGAGACAUUCAGUGAGGGGAUUGAUUUGUGAUUUGAGCUGCCAGUGGAGUGGGCAAAUACACAAAUCUCAGCAUGUGCUAGCUAUCAGGUUCUCAAAACGACUACAUACAUCACCA